GGAGGAGGAGGAGGAGGAGGAGGGAGGGAGGGGAAGGUCGGUGAAGCCACCGGCCGGCCUGCUCUUUCACUCGCGCUGCCUCUCGUCUGGCUGCUCUCGCUCCUGACACUCAUCUGCUUCCCCACACAGUGGCUCGCUGCCGUUUGGCUGCAGCCACCUCUAAUCUCAGACUCCUGUUUCUGCUUAGGUUUUAUUUUUUUUAUUUUUUUUACUGAGUUCCAGUCGGACAACUGUGGUGUUUUUCUUUUUAAACCAGCAUAUCCUCAGACCUGGAGAACACAGGUAGAAGGUGAAGCAGCAGCAAACUUGCACUUUUUUUUGGACCCUCAGGAUGGGACCCCUCUCAGAGUGUUUUUUGCAAGUUUUCCUGUGAGCUUUUUCUAUUUUUGGGUUUACUUUUCAAGCAAAGAAGUGGAGAACAUGGAUUUUAUAUCGGGAUGUUUCACUUUUGAGAUUCCCUGAUUUUCUACCGGACCUUCUCCAGGCCUUUCUGCUUCUCCCACCCUUUCCCAUCAGCCAUCCCGGGAGACAUUGAGGACCAGAUGCGGUCUCCCAGCAUUUAAGAUUAAUGACGUCCAACAUUGUCAGAUCACUUUUCGCUCUGGUGAAUUUCCUCUUGUCUUGGGAACUUAAAACCGCCCCUGUUUACUUUUUCGACUAUCCGCUCCUCUUCGGAUGUAAACAAAAACCAGCUGGUGGUCCGGACAUUUAAUUACAGCUUUAAAGUAUCGUCUCCAGCCAUUCCCGUUCUUCGUUUGUUUAUUUAUAUGAGUUUGGGUUUUCUUGCGGUCGGUUUGUUUUCUGUCGCACCGUCCCACGUUUUCUCUGCUGACUCUUCGGGACGGGAACUCGACUUGGCAUGCUUUUGAGGCCCACCGUGCCGGGGCUGUGCGCGAUGUUGCAGACCAUUUACGAGACGGAGUCCUGCUUCUCCUCGGACACUGUGUCCGGCCGGGAGCAGCCCCUGGAGCUGCUCCCCAGGACCCGGACGCACGCGGCCCCCAGCAGCGCAGUGGAGGUGAAGACGUCCCUUCCGUUGGGGAUGCAGAGCCCGAGUGGCGGAGGCGGCGGGGAUAAGGGCGGGGGCGGCCCUGUGGACCUGCGGACGGACCCCCGGCUGGCCCUGGCCUCUGUGGACCCCCUCCUGAGGGAGCAGCAGCUGCAGCAGGAGCUGCUGCUCCUCAAGCAGCAGCAGGAGCUGCAGAAGCAGCUGCUCUUCGCCGAGUUCCAGAAGCAGCACGAGGUGCUGACCCGCCAGCACGAGGUCCAGCUUCAGGAGCACCUCAAGCAGCAGCAGGAGAUCUUAGCGGCCAAGCGGCAGCAGGAGCUGGAGCAGAAGAGGAAGCUGGAGCAGCAGAGACAGGACGAGCUGGAGAAACAGAGGCUGGAGCAGCAGCUCAUCAUGCUGAGGAACAAGGAGAAGGGCAAAGAGAGUGCAAUCGCCAGCACAGAGGUCAGGCUGAAACUCCAGGAGUUCCUCCUUAACAAAAAAGAACCCAUGCCUGGCGGACUGAACCAUUCCUUUCCCUCAAAAUGCUGGGGGGUCCUCCAAACCUCUCUGGACCAGAGCUGCCCUCCACAGAACAACACUCCCGGGACACCUCCUUCCUACAAACUCUCCCCUCUGCUCGGCUCCUACGACAGCAAAGACGACUUCCCCUUACGCAAGACAAUGUCUGAGCCCAACCUGAAGGUGCGCUCGCGGUUAAAACAGAAGGUGGCGGAGAGGCGGAGCAGCCCCCUGCUGAGGCGCAAGGACGGCACGGUGAUCAGCACCUUCAAGAAGAGAGCCAUCGAAAUCACAGUAUCCUCCAUGUGUAGCAGCGCUCCUGGCUCCGGGCCCAGUUCUCCCAAUAGCUCCAACUGUGCCAUCGCUGAGAACGGGUCCAGUGGCUCUGUCCCCAACAUCCAUGCCAAGCACCUGCGCUGCCAGCAGCAGGCCAUGGGCGUGGACCGCACGGCCAGCCUGCUGAGCCUGUACACCUCCCCCUCGCUCCCCAACAUCUCCCUGGGCCUGCCCGCCACUGUGACUGCCGCCAACUCGCACAUCGCCGCUCCUCAGAAGCUGUCUGCACAGCAGGAGGCGGAGCGACAGGCCAUCCAGACCCUGCGGCAGGGUGGCGCUCUCACGGGGAAGUUCGUCAGCACCUCCUCCCUGCCAGCCUGCCUGACCGCCGGGCUGGCCCAUGACACGGAGCCUCCGGCCCCCAACAGCCACAGCCACUCCUCCCUGCUGCAGCACGUCCUGCUGUUAGAGCAGGCCCGCCAGCAGAGUGCGCUGCUCGCAGUGCCAAUCUACGGGCAGUCGCCACUGGUGACGGGCGAGCGUGUUUCAGGGGGCAUGCGCACCGUCAACAACAAGCUGCCCCGUCACCGGCCCCUCAGCCGCACCCAGUCGGCCCCGCUGCCCCAGAGCCCCCAGGCCCUGCAGCAGCUGGUCAUGCAGCAGCAGCACCAGCACUUCCUGGAGAAGCAGAAACAGUACCAGCAGCACAUGCAGCUCAACAAGAUGCUGUCCAAGGGCCCCGAGCUUCCUCGCCAGCCGCCCAGCCACCCGGAGGAGACAGAGGAGGAGCUGACGGAGACGGCGGAGAUGCAGGAGGACCGGGGGGAGAGCCCAGAGCUGGGGGACGGGUCCCUUGAGCAGGAGCCGCAGCAGGAGGGGUCCGGGGAGGCGGCCCCCGCCCCCGAACGGCUGGUCACGGUGAAGGACGAGAACCCGGAGAGUGAGGUGGAGGAAGAGGAGGAUGAGGAUGAGGCCAUCGAGUUAAAGGAGUCUGACGAGCAGGGCCUGCCUUACACACUGUUUACGGACCAGCAGCACUUGCAGCAGCUCAACCUGUUCCAGGCCUCCAUGUCAAUCACAGGCAUGCCCCACAGGCCUCUGGGAAGGGCCCAGUCCUCCCCGGCCACCGCCAGCCUCAAAGGCACCCCUAUUGGAGAAGCACCCAUCAAGCACCUCUUCACCACAGGUGUGGUGUACGACACCUUCAUGCAGAAGCACCAGUGCAUGUGUGGGAACACUCACAUACACCCGGAGCACGCUGGCCGGAUACAGAGCAUCUGGUCCCGACUGCAGGAGACUGGGUUACUCAACCGCUGCGAGAGAAUCCGGGGCAGGAAAGCCACGCUCGAUGAGAUCCAGACGGUCCAUUCCGAGCAUCACACACUGCUCUACGGCACCAGUCCCCACAACAGGCAGAAGCUGGACAGCAAGAAGCUUUUAGGUCCAAUCAGCCAGAAGAUGUAUGCGGUCCUGCCCUGUGGAGGCAUCGGGGUGGACAGUGACACCGUCUGGAAUGAAAUGCACUCCUCCAGCGCUGUGCGGACGGCCGUGGGCUGCGUCAUCGAGCUGGCGUUCAAGGUGGCUGCCGGAGAGCUCAAGAAUGGCUUCGCUGUGGUUCGUCCUCCAGGCCAUCACGCAGAGGAGUCCACUGCUAUGGGCUUCUGCUUCUUUAACUCGGUGGCCAUCACAGCCAAGCUCCUUCAGCAGAAGCUCAAUGUGGGGAAGAUCCUGAUUGUUGACUGGGAUAUCCACCACGGCAACGGCAGCCAGCAAGCCUUCUACAGCGACCCCAAUGUGCUGUACAUCUCUCUGCAUCGCUACGACGACGGAAACUUCUUCCCUGGCAGCGGCGCCCCAGAAGAGGUGGGGGCCGGCGCAGGUACGGGGUACAACGUGAACAUCGCGUGGACGGGGGGCGUGGAGCCGCCCAUGGGGGACGUGGAGUAUCUGACCGCCUUCAGGACCGUGGUGAUGCCCAUCGCCAACGAGUUCUCCCCAGAUGUGGUGCUGGUAUCGGCAGGGUUUGAUGCCGUGGAGGGUCACCAGUCUCCUCUGGGCGGCUACCGCGUAACGGCCAAAUGUUUCGGUCACCUGACCAAGCAGCUGAUGACGCUGGCUGGCGGCCGUGUGGUCUUGGCGCUCGAGGGGGGUCACGACCUCACUGCCAUCUGCGACGCCUCCGAGUCCUGCGUCUCCGCUUUACUGGGGGAAGAGCUGGACCCCCUGCCUCAGGCCGUCCUGCAGCAGGAGCCCUGUCCCAAAGCGGCCGCCUCCCUGGAGAAGGUCAUCGAGAUUCAGAGUAAGCACUGGAGCUCGGUGCAGCGCUUCGCCCCCACCGUGGGCCAGUCCCUGAUGGAGGCUCAGCGGAGAGAGAAGGACGAGGCCGACACGGUCAACGCCAUGGCCUCCCUGACCGUGGACACCGAGCCAGGCGCCAGUCAGCCAUCCAGCAGGCCUGCAGAAGAGCCCAUGGAGGAGGAGCCAGUGUUGUAGGGCGCUGCCGAAACCUCACACCGACACACCCGGAGAGACCCCCCGCUCCCCACACCUCACCCCCAUGCCCCCACGGUCUCCACCUUUGAAACCCCCCACCGAACCCGGGGCAUUUUUCUCCACCUGACGGACACACGCUAGAGCCCACCCAUCCCAACCCUCCCCCACCGCCUUUAACCGGCAAACUGCCCCUGAGGAGGGGUCGACGGACAGACAAAAUGGCUGACGAGGCAGGUGGAUGCACAGGAGGAGGAGAGGAGAGGUACACGUGCAGGGAAAAGCAGGACAUUGCAGGGUGGAGACACCAGUUUGGUUACUGGCGGUGACAACCACCUCAGUGGGUUUUCUUUUGAAGAGAGGUGUCUCUAAAAGUGCAGUUUUUAUUUUGCAUAUGGAAAAGCCAACGAACGGGACUGACUCUUAAAACAGACGAGUUACUGAAUGAGAAGUGAAACCAUUUUCACAAAUACGAAACGUUGAUUGGAUCGCUUUAUUUCUUGUCAGCGUGUGCGGUUGCUCUCUUUGUCUUUGUUGGUAUAUUUCUCUGUUCAAUUCAAUAAGGUGGCUUGAAGCACAAUUUUACAUGUUCGAUGUAUGUAUACAAAUGUGCAUGUGCGUGUCUGUGUAUACACACGUACAUCUACAUGCACAUGCGCACACACACACCAGUAUGCGCUUUUGUGUGUUUGUAUGCAUAUUCCUGCAUAUGUAUACUGUAUGUAUAUUUGUGUUGUCGUUUUGUUCUCUUAAGUAGUUGACUGGAAUGGGAAUCACAGAGCGGGGGGGGGGUGCUUUUGUAUUUUCACUAAGGGCUGCCGAAACACAACUUUCUUUGCCGCAGCCAAACUUUUCCUUGGACUACAUAACACCCCCCUCCCCAGACACGUCCCGCAGUCACACCCGAGGCAAAAGCAGCCCCACAGCGCCCCCUGUGGAACUUCAGGAUGGCCACUGAACGCUAAGAUGAGAGGAGGGCCUUCCUCGUUUGUCCUCGAGUGUGGAGGGCAGCAGGUGAGAUGAGCGUUGGAAAGUUUCAAGAGGAACUCGGUGCCUUUUCGAAAACGUAAUAAAAAACAACAAAAAAUCCACACAAUCAUUACUCUCAUUUUUAUGGAAAAAUGCCUUAAUUUCCUUAAAAAGUGCACCAAUUCUACAGACGUUCUAACUACGAUUGUCGGAUUCUUUCUUCCUGUCCACUCUUUCUGUUUCUCCCACACUGUCGUUUACCGUUGCCAGUAGAGGAGUGCUGGGAGUGUAUGAGGCAUAAGGUCAAAGGUCAUUUUGGGACACCUGCUGGUCCAUGACCUCAAGCCUGUCCUCUUCCUCUUUAUUUAUUCGUACUGUGCCCUAAACGGCAGGUUGUGUAAUUAUUAGGACAUUUGCGAUACAAUUUGCGACCAACUAUUUCACGUCUCUUGUCAUGUGUAUAUAAUGUGUUCACCUUUUAUUCUUAGCUGAAAUCACUUUUUUGUUGAUUUUUAGAGGAAUGAUGCCAUAUUGGCAGUUCUUUCUCAAUAACAAUGUAACAGGCUAUCAUAAAUCCAACCAUAUAGACUUUUAAUAUAAAAGUAUUAUUUAAUGAAAAAGAGUGAGAUAAAGUGUUUUCUUUUUUCUUUUUCUUUUUUACAUCUAAAGCUGUUCAUUUGAGUAAAGGGGAGUUGUUUUAAGGUGAUAGCAAAAUCACCUGAUGUCACUCAUGAAAUUGAGAAAGUAAUGAUAUUUCAGAAUUUUCUUAACGCCAAAGCUGGAAAAUUGUACACUACAUCAACCUGGCCUAAAAAGAUUUUAAUCUUCGCAAUAUGAUCAAAUAUUUUAUUGAGUAUAGUUUUUUUUCUGAAUUCCAUUGUUCUUUUCAGUUUUGAUUUACAACUCUUAACACUGACAUAUUGAGGACUGUCGUAAACUGUAUACUGUAAACUGUAUUAUGAAAAAUAUAUAGUGGAACAUAACUGACAUUUGGUUGUAUAAGGUGCACCUUGAUAAUGUUCCCCAAGCAGCUUUUCUUGUAUAUCUUUGGAUCCAGGUUUAGCUAAUUUAGUUACACUGCUGGACUAUGAGAUGCACAAGUGUGUCUAUCCUCUGUCAUUCUUGCCUUUCAUCCACAAUGUUCUUUCCAGCCAGGACAUUUUAUGUAGUGAUAAUGCAAUCUGUACGUAAAACAGUCGGUUCGUGGCAGUGUGUACGUAAAGCAAUCGGUUUGCUUUUACUGAACAUAAAAAGUAAAAAAACGCGGUAGUGCCAAAAUCUCUGUCCAGAAGCUACUUUGAAGCUACUUUGACUCAAAAAGCUCCAGUUGAAAGUUAUACAACGUGCCGUUUGUCACUGUCUUCGUCUCCUUUGGGAUGUUUAAGGGGAGGGCAGGAACCGGAGCACACGUGCCUGCUAGCAUGAAGAGGCUUUGGCCAUAGAACAUAACUCUAGACCUUUUCCUCUGCAAAUACAAAAUGGAGGAUUAAAUCGGUUUCAUACAGAUUUAUUUAUAGCCACUGUAUUUGUACAGGUAACAUGCACCACCAUUAAGCUGACCUAAAUUAUUGACCAUUAAGAUCUGCGGGCAUGCGAUGUAUGCAUUUUUCACCUCCAUUACUUUUUUGUGCAACAGAUAGUCUUGUCAUAAUUGUUAAUGUAGGACUGGCUUUUUUUAAUGAGUAAUGCAUUUAAAUUACCUGUUGUGAGUUUCUUACAACUCUGAUGUAAUUUUGUUUGGCAGGUGGUUUUAAAGGCCUGUUUAUAGGUCAAUUUGAGCAAAUAAUUUUUAAAAACAAGAUUUUAAAGACUUUUUUUCUUGCAUUUAACCAGCCAUAGCACAAAAGAGCCACAAUAAAAAAAAAAAGUCUUCUUACGAUAGAAGGUGUAUAACAUCCGUCAAUUACCAUAAAAAUAGCUUUAAUGUCGUGCCCACACUAUUUUGCUAUUCGGUAAAUAUGUAUAUUUAUUGAUAUUUCAUAUGUUGUGUAUACUGGUAUUUGGUGAUCUAUAAUUGUUGAGAUUUAAAGAGUAAUUGUAUAUUUUUUGACUUUGGAAAGAGAGGUCUGUUUCACAUGUGUCCUUCUAAUGUCCUGGUGUUUGAAUCUCCAUACACUGUGGUUGGAUUUUGAAUUACAUGACCAUCUUUUAACAUAUAUUUGGAAUAUAUGAAAUGUCUCGGUUAUAUUGAAAUGCAGACAUUUGAGAUUAUCAAAGCACAUUCCUUAAUGUCUGUGUUCUUUCAAAUGCUUUCCUGUUGAAAAUAAUAGACGUACAUAUACAUACAUUUAUAUACACAUUGUAUAUAAACAGUUAUGUAUAUGUAUUGCAUUGCACACUAUUUUAGUAAUCUGUAACUGUGAAUAUUCUUGAUGAGAAAAAAAAAAAAUCAUGGUCCCUUUUUAUUUUCUCCUUUUAUGUCAUUUUGAUGGUUGCAUUGUGUACUGUUCCACUCUGUGAUGAAACGGUCCAGUUGCAGUAAGAAUCUUAAAAAGGGAACGUUGACUCUCCUUGGCGUUUUAUUUCAGGGUAUGUAUGUGUACAUUUUCAAAUUAUUAUUAUUAUUUUUUACUAUACUCAUUGUAACAUUGUUACACCUUUUUUUAAACAUUGGGCCUGUAGUUUUGUUCCCCUUCACACAAAUUCACUGUUACGUUGCACAGAGCCUGCAGCUCUUCCAGGUUAUGUGAAGGGUCAUUUGGGGGCAACGCCUGCCCAGUGCUCAUGUGAUGGAAGUCAAAUGAGAGAAUGCCCAGGAUUUCUCCUAUUGUCUGUUGUCACCAGGAUGUACAAGGGUUUGGGGGUCUUAAGUCAAAUUUGCAGGGAAAGGGUGCGGAUUUCUGCAGACUAAUGCAGUGAUGCUAUUGCAAAUCCCACUUUCAACAGGGAUUAUUUUUACAGUUCUGGCAAUAUUGUUCAGCUUAUUAGCUUCUUGCUCACAUCGUGUUUAAUUUCAUUGCCCGAUACACGUUUCCAGUUUUAUGUUGAUAUCCUGAUACUGUGGAGGUUAUGAUCUGGGGGAUUGAUUAUGCGUUGUUGGUGAAAGUUAAUUUACUCUGGACACUGAAACCUAUUAUAUUGGCAGGACAGUCCGUGUUAAGCAUAUGACAUGACGUAGGUUAUGGUAGCAUAGCAGUGGGUCACAUUGGCAGGUUCAUUGGUACCUCAAACCACCCCUUUUUAUAGUGCUAAUACAUUUGGUAUACUGCAUUUUGGUCCUGUAAGAAAUCCCCCCAUGAAAUUGGCUAGUAUUGUACUUGUUUUCUUAUUUUUAUCUAAUUUUCAUCCUGCAGAAUCCAGUGUCACUGAGGGAGCUAUUUUUACCCAGUAAUACCUGGUACCAGAGACCACUUCCUCUGGGAAAAGGGCAGCCAGUGCCUGGCAUGUGUUGGAAUUCAAUUACAAACCUUACUGAGCUAGCAUCCUGUCCAUUGGCUUAGCCCUGAUUUAUAUCGUACCCCCAGAUAACCCAAACCUCUGUUUGAACCCAGUGCUGCUUCUUGUGCUGUGUUGUCAGAAAACAAAAUCUUUCCGUUGCCCAUAAAUGGUCAAAUAUCAUGUUCUGUCAUCACACUUCAGGUUGAUGUAUCCCACCCCCAUUUUUUUGUCAGAUUUCAUUCAGCAGUAAACAGGAUUCGGGACAUUUUUGGAUAAACUACCUAGGGAUUCACAUGAAUUGUGUCAGAAGUUUUCUCAUCCAUUUGGUCUGAAACUUUCCAGGUCCUUUAAAUAAAUGAAUUUCUGCAGUAUAAUCCAAAGUGACAGCCAUAAUAAUGUAGAAUGUUGAUGGAGUUGUAUCCAUUUUGCUACUGAAGAUUUAUUCUGCUUGGCUGUAAUAUAUAGACAGGGACUCUCACAAUAUGGUCCAGAUGGGCAAACACAUCUGUGUAAUCACCACUGUCUUCUAACCUACGUGUGUGUAAGUUCAUGGGCUUACAGUAGAUCACUUGAAGCUACAGUAGAAUACAGUAGAACUACUCUGAUCUACUGUAUUAUUUGUGUAUAUACAUAUACAACACACACAUAGGCACACAAACUCACAGCCACAUUUACAAGAAGCACAAUUGUAGGGUGCGGCAGCGACAUGGGCAAGCUCGCUUUGCUCCCAUGUCCCAAAUACAUUCUCUUUUGAUGUGCCUAUGGUGAGCAAUACAAUGCCUAAGCCCUGCCUGGAUUCAGCUUGUUUCAACUGUUUUGACAUGGCUUGGGUUACUACAGACAUCCAGAUGAUACUAGGCAUUUAAGUAAUUUAAGUAAGGAUAAGGACGAUGGUAAUGGUAUGCCACAGUUAGCACUUUCCCCCCCAGUCCCUUUAUAGCCCCCAUUCCGACAGGUUGUCAGCCAUAUUGACGUAGUACAAUCUGGAUGUGGGAGUAGCCGCAAUAGCGCGAGAAUGUGGUCCUAACCCUCCCUAACAGCCAUUGAGAAGGUGGUUACUGUUGUGCCUGUUUGAAUACGAACUGUCGGGGUUGGGGUGAAGCGUGUACCAGUUUCCUGUAUGUCACUGUCAGUUGUCACUACUGACCGUGUGACGAUAUUUUUUUGUCUCCGUAGUUUUGGUGAAAGGUUUCAAGCUGUAGUGAGGCGGGAACACGCAUUGUGUCUUGGACAAGUUCAAGCAUGUUUUUUUCUUUGGCACAAGACAAACAGAGAUGGCACUUUAUAACAUUUUUCUCAAUGACGCAUUGUUAAAAUUAUACCCAUUUCAAAUUAACCAGUGCUGGUGAUUUGUUUCUUUCUUGCCGUUUGGAAAAAAUGUGUUCUUGACUUCAUUUCCAAGUUGUUUUUGUAUUCAAGAACACUUUUGGUGGACACAGCAAAUGGUUGAGUGUUCUUUUAAGUUCAAGUGUGUCCUUACAGUGGUUGAUGACCAGUAAUGUGUUGUAGAAAAUGUAUAAUUUUGUCACUUUUUUUUUUUUUUUACUUUUUCUCUGGAGGGAAAACAAUGCGGGGAAAAAAGAAAUCUUGUUAUCUUUUAUCAGUCUUUGUUAUAUCUCUUCAUGUUUCAAAGUAUUUUGUAUCAUGUUAUAACAUUUGUCUUUGUGUAAAUAAAUUAUAUUGUUUCUGCCAA